AUGAGAAGUUCAACCGCAUCACCAUCUUCUCCCAGGUUUUCAUAUUUUCUUCUUUUUAAAGAAGAAUUUCAUGAACCAAUUGCAGCAGGGUUGGGACCAUCUCCAACAGUUCUUUCAGUCUUUUCAUUCUUUGUUCAGAAUGAUCGAGACUAUCGUACAAGUUUAUGGAUCAAACCUACACGUCUUGAUGAUUUUAGAAUUGUAACGAUUGAAUCUGGUAAUCCUCCAGAGAGACCAGAACGCCAACGUACAGGUUGGGAUCAUGAAGAUGAUGAAGCAAUCGAUGAAUAUGAGGAGAGAUUAAAUAGGUGGCAAAUUGAACGUCAAAGAUGGUUUGACCUUGAGAGGAUAGCGCACUUAGCGAAGCUAUGCAGCACGUCCCACAUCAGCGAUGUGGUUGCCCCCUUGAGGGGGCCCUAG